CUUGCCUCGCGAGCACCUGCGUCCCUCUGACGUGUGGGCCGGAGCACUACAUAGUGCUGUAACUCGCUACACGCCCGCCAUAUCCGCAACGACGAUGAGCACGCACUCCCCACGACGGUGGGGGUUAGGGAAAUCGCUGCUGUGUCUCGCCCCGCUUCUGGUUGGCGUGCCAUUCCUGGCGUACCGCGAGAACUAUGCCCUGCCUGAGCCCGUCAUAGACCUAACAAACCCGACCACUGGCCUCCCUCAGCUCUCUGAGGCCCGCGUGCUAGCACACGCCAAGUACCUGUCUGAAGAUAUCGGCUUUCGGACGGUGGGGACGCGCGAACAUGCAGAGGGAGACGCGUGGAUGGUCAAGCAGGCGGAGGAUAUCCAAAGGCAGUGCGAGGAGAUUGUGCGCGCACAUCCUACGAGGAAGCUGGAAUGUGAGGUUUGGCAUCAACAAGGAAGCGGGGCACAUCGGUUUGACAUGAUGGGCCACCGGCUGUACAAGACAUAUGUCGACUUGACGAACAUCGUUGUGCGUGUAUCGGACGGCACGCAAGAAGGGAAGCAGCAUGCAGUUUUGGUCAAUGCUCACUUAGAUAGCACGCUACCCUCCCCGGGUGCUGCGGAUGACGCACUCUCGGUGGGCAUAAUGCUAGAAUGCAUGAGGGUGCUUGUAAACACGCCUGACUGGGUGCCAUCGCAUGCCAUCAUAUUCUUGUUCAACAAUGCAGAAGAGUCAUUGCAAGACGCAUCACAUCUAUUCGCCACACAGCAUCCCAUUCGAGAGAGUGUGCGUGCCGUAGUCAACCUCGAAGCUGCCGGAACCACUGGACGCGAACUCCUCUUCCAAGCGACAUCCGAGGAGAUGAUCCGCGCAUACUCUCAUGUACCCAGGCCAUACGGGACGAUCGUCGCCAACGAAGUCUUCAGUUCGGGAAUCAUCCUCUCAGAUACCGACUUUCGACAGUUCCAAGAUUAUAUGAAUGUCACUGGAUUAGAUAUCGCUGUGAUCGGGAACAGUUAUCUGUACCAUAUGCGCAAAGACCUCGUAGAGAACAUCGAGCCAGGCGUAGCGCAGCACAUGGGCGAGAACGUCCUUGCCCUGCUCCUCCACCUCUCUUCUCCUGAGUCGCCCCUGCCCAACCUCACCGCGGGCUUCACUAAGCCGAAGACAGUCUUCUACCAGUAUCUGGGUGCUUUCAUCAUCUACUCCUUCCGAACCGCGAACAUCCUCUACAUCACGCUCUUCGUCGCCUCCGCCGCGCUCGCCCGCGCAGUGUACGUGGACCCCGCCCCUGCACUCCGGACAAAGAGUGCGCUUGGGGAGCAGGUGAAGAGCGCAGCAGCAGUGGGUGCAGCUGUCAUCGGGGCUUUGGUGGGUGCAAACGUGGUUGCACUACUUAUGGCGAAAGGGCUCGGCAAGGGUAUGAGCUGGUUCUCUUCGGAGCGGUCUUGCAUGCUUCUGUAUGCGCCUGCUGCGCUCUCUGGUGCGCUCUUGUCGCAGUUGCCCUUCGGUCGGCUUCGGGAGCGCACAACAUUCGCGUCCGUGAUACUCCUGCAAUCGUUCGUGGCGUGCGUAGGCCAGCUACUGGGUGUCGGCUCUGCGGGCGUGUUCGCGCUGACGGCCUUCCCGAUGGUCGUCGCGACCGCCCUGAACGCUAUUUUGACGAAGGCUGGCGAUGAUAUAUCGCUCUGGAGCUACGCGGUCGCGUUGUUCACGCCUCUGUCACUGGGCGCGCAGAUGUUCUUCAUCGUGCUGGACGUGUUCGUGCCGCUGACCGGUCGGACUGGCGAGGAAGCUCCUGCCGAGCACAUCAUUGCAUCCAUCGUGGCAGGUGUAGGCGCAUACACGCUGCCUCUAUUGGUGCCGUUCAUGCACCGUUUCGGGCAACGAACCAUUACACGUGCGACCGUGCUGUGCACGAUGCUGACUGCAGUUGCCAUUGCUGUCUUCUCAAUGCGUUCGCCGUUCGAUCAAAUGCACCAGAAGAGGAUGUUCGUGAUUCACAUGGAGAAUAUUACGACGCAAGAGCAGUACCUGCACGUUGCUGCUGCAGACAGUGCGCCGGGUUUCCCGCAGCUCGCCCAGCGCAUUGCGGAGGACUGGAGUGUACCGGGCGCGGUACCGACGCCUAUGACCAUGGACGCCUGGAACAACGAUUGGGACGUCGUCUAUCCAUUUUCGGCGUUCCUGACUCCGUAUAAGUUCGAAUUGCCGCUCAAGUCAGAGCACUUGGACGCUAUAGAUCAUGGGUUCGCUGUUUCAGCGACGAAUGACACGACCGACCGGCACUCGGGUACUCGAAGCCUGACGCUCUUGGUCAGACACCCGGGCAUUAUUUGGACAGCGAUCGCAUUUAACGCCCAUGUGCUGAAGUGGACGCUGGACGAAAGCCCGCCGGAAGAGUACGCGCGGCAUUACGUCAAGGAGGGCUCGUUCUACGGGCACGACGCGUGGUCGCUGGACAUGGUCGUGAAGAUCCCAGAGCACGACCCGGACGCGCGCAUCGCGGUGAACUUUGUCGGCAUUCACGAGAAGGCGAUGUGGCCCGCAAAGGUCGCGGAGAAGGCGCACGGCGGACGCGCGAUGCAGCUGUUUGAGGAGUUCGAUGCCUGGUUGGAGAAGGAAACCGCCGGCACGGCUGAUGCACUCCUCUUGGGCUGUGUCGGCGGGAUCACAAUAGUAUGAUUAAUUCCUGACAAGUAUAUUGUAUUGACCGCCAUGCACCCCGUGAUGCAUGUCCAGUAGAGCACUGGACGUUUCACAUAGCUUGCACAUAGCAGUCUCUUCUGUGCUACCGACAUUGAAAGCAUACAGACUAGUGCCUGAGGCGGUAAGUCCGACUCUGGUAUACACAUGAAUCGCAGAGUGCGG